AGAGUGGCGACUUCAGCUCCAGCAUUGAAUGUGACACAGAACACGAGGUGCUGCUGAGGUUCGAUGGCGACGGAGACAACGCCGGCGACAUUGAUGGAGACGGUGCAGAAGAAGCAGUGGACGGAUGAUGAGGAGGAGGAGAAGGACGUCGCCGGAGAAGUUGAUGGCGACUGCGGGCUUGAUACAAAGCGGCGGAGGCGACCCACAUCAGGGAAUCAUACUCCGGCGACGUUCGUUGAUGAUGCCGCCGACGAGGAUGCGUCCUCAGGGAAAGAUAGCCAGAGCGUUCCCCUCGAGGAAGAUCAAGGUACUGAAUUUUUUAGUCCUGAUGGUACCACAUUGAAAUCAACUGAAACGGAGUUUUCUGUUGCCGACAAAAAACUUGAAAAUGGGAAUUCAGCAUUCGCGGACAUAUUGGAUGAUCUUCAAAAUGUUCUCGAGGUUGAAGAUGGUGAUGAGAAACAAGAUUGUAAUCACGUUAACAUAGAAAAUGGACUAAAUUUGCAAAUUGAUUCUGUAAAAAAGGUUGAAGAUGAAAUAGUGCCAACUACUGAUCCUGAAACUCAAACUCAUCGACAUAAUGAGGUUGUAGAAACUCUUAAAUUAGAUGUUUCCGAGCUAGAUCUUGAGAAGGUACUAGAGGAGCAGGAAACUCAUGAUUUAUUUUGUCCUAAUUGCCACUCAUGCAUCACAAAAAGAGUAAUUUUACGCAAACGGAAGAGGAGAGUUCAAGAUUUUCGAUAUGAAGAACGCCCCGAGAAACUACAUGUUCGACCAAAUAUCGUAUCUACUUCGACUGAAGUUGUAGAAACAAUUCGUGAUGAUGAGCCAGAUGUAUUCAGAUGUUUAUCGUGCUUUAGUUUUUUCAUUCCAAGAGAAAAUGGAUUUGAUAUAUUCCCAUUUUUUCGAAAAAGGGAGGAGAGUGUGAAGGUGCAGAUUCCCAACAUUCAAUCAUCAGGACAGACAUCUACCAGGGAUGGCAGCUGGCUAUCUUUAUUUUUCAAACCAGAGUCAAGUAGGAACAAAGGAAAAGAUUCAGUGCCUAUCCCAGCAGCUGUGUUGCCAGCACAAUCUCCAAUGACUCCUAAUAUUGGAUAUUCGGAACAAAACAACCAAAAGUCUCCAGUUCUUACUGCAUCUGAAACCCCAAACAAUGCAGAAAUUACAAAAUCCAAAUUUGCUGGUGCAGUGCCUAUCCCAGCAGCUGUGUUGCCAGGACAAUCUUCCACGACUCCUCAUGUUGGAUAUUCUGAACAAAACAACCAGAAGUCUCCUGUUCUUACUGCAUCUGAAACCCCAAACAAUGCAGAUAUUACAAAACCCAUAUAUGCUGGUGCAGGAGCAGCUCAAUUUCAACCGCAGCUUGAGGUUUCAUUUGGUGGGGAUCAUAAUCUAGAAAUUGAAGAAAGCUAUGCAAGCGAUGGAAAACUCCAUUCAGCAGCUCAAUUUCCGGUUGUCAUUGAGGUCUCGGCAGGUGGGGGUCGAUCGGGAAAUGAAAAUGAGAAUUCUGUAGCUCUACCUGUUUCUGAAACAGCCAGCACUGGAGAAAAUUAUUCAACAACUUUAAAGAUCAAAUCAGAUGAUGAUGAAAUUUUGCCUGUGGUCAUAAACAAGCCUGCUAGACCAGGAGGAUUUCAUCAAAACGAUAACGAUGCCGUUGAAACAAUACCGCCUGUCUUCUUAUCACACGAUGAUGAUAUGAUUAAGCCUAUUGUAGUAGUUGAAUCUCCUCCUCAAAGAACUUCUCAACAGGACCUAAGUAUUAGCAUUUCUUCUGGACUGUCUACGGUUCUCCUACCUCUGGGUGGUGAUGUACAGAUUAAUGUAAGCAAUCCAAUGUUAGUGAGAGAGACAAGAGGAAAUGAAUGGGAAGUUCUAAAGAGUAUUGUUUAUGGUGGUUUGCUUGAAUCAAUUACCAGCCUUGGUGUAAUUUCAUCUGCCGCUGGUGCUAAAACCUCAACAUUAAAUAUUGUUGCCUUAGGAUUGGCAAAUCUUACAGGUGGCUUCUUUGUGCUAUUACAUGAUCUCUCAGAUCUUAAAAGCAGUCCACCCACACCCCAAAAUGAUGAGCGGAGUGGUCGGUACUGGAAAUUAUUAGGCAAAAAAUCCAACUUUGGUUUACAUGCAACAGUAGCUAUAAUUUCAUAUAUAUUCUUUGGUCUCCUCCCUCCUAUCAUCUAUGGCUUCUCGUUCCGAGAAAGAGAUCUGAAGGAGGAGAAGCUCAUUGUAGUUGGUCUAUCCUCUCUGCUCUGCAUAGCACUCCUCUCUAUAGGAAAGGCUCAUGUGAGUGAGCCGAAGGCUUAUAUAAAGACUUUUAUUUAUUAUCUUGGGCUCGGAUUCUCGGCCUCUGGUCUUUCGUUUGUGGCUGGAGUCUUGAUUCAUAGAUUCAUGGUGAAGCUUGGUUUGUUUGAACAUGAUGCUCCUCCGCCAUUGCCGCCGCCUUCUAUUAACCUUUUUGGUGCGAUAUCUGGAUUGAGUUCUUUGGCGGCCCGAUAAGAAUCUGAAUGAGAUUGCUGUGUUGAGUAUGUAUGAUUUUGAGGUUUUGACAAUGAGUUAGGAGUUUGUUCUUUUCUUUAAUUUUUGCUUUUGAUGACUUUGUUGUUAUAUCUAAGAUUAUCGCAUGUGACUGUUUAUUUGUAGCUUGAAUUUUUAGGCUUUAUGUUGAGUAAUAUAACAUC